GUUGCUGCGUGCUUUGUUUCACAGGGAAGAAUUUCUGGAUGAACACCCCUAGAAAACCCGUGGGGACUAUACCGUAUCCGUAGGGUCUUGGCGCUGAAACCCAGGUGAGGUUAUUUCACGAUGCCGAUUGACACUAGAAGGGUUCGGGGGCCAGAAGUGUCACAAAGUCUGUCUUUAUUCAUCCGCGAUCCUGCGACCACCCUGCCCUCGGAUGGCACCAGAGAGGACGGUAGGAAGCGGGAUCAAGUUGACGUGCGCCCCAUUUUCGUCCGGUGUGGACUGGUCAGUCAGGCCAAGGGAUCGGCCUACAUUGAGGCUGGAAACACGAAGCUCAUGUGCUCUGUCUACGGACCAAGAGAAAUUGAGCGAAAAGACGAGACCGACAUGAAAUACGGAAGAUUGACUACCGACAUGCGGUUUGCUCCCUUCUCUUGCCCAGAGAGACGCUCCUGGAUCCAGGGGAGUGAGGAGAAAGACCUCUCACUGAUGUUGCUCGAGAGUCUUCAGCCAGCUGUGUGCCUUCACAAAUAUCCCCGUUCACAGAUAGAAGUUAAUGUGAUGGUUCUCGAGAACAGUGGUUCUGUUGUAGCCCACGCUGUCACAUGUGCUUCCCUUGCGCUAGCAGAUGCAGGGAUUGAGAUGUAUGACCUGGUACUUGGUUGUUCCAUCCAACAGGAUGGUAACUCUUAUUUGAUCGACCCCACCUACUUGGAAGAACAAAAACGCUGCUCUGGCAGUGGGGAGAACCAGGGUGGUCUAAUGGUUUCAUUCCUUCCCAGCUUGAACCAGUUAUCUGGGAUGCAGUCUGUUGGGGAGAUGGCUGAGGAGACUUUAACAGCUGGGGUUAGGACCUGCAUUGAGGGAUGCUAUAAACUGUACCCCGUCAUCCAGAAGUCCCUUGCAAAGGCUGUGCGCAGGGAAACCCCUCUUCCAUCAGAGAGCUGAAAAAUUGAGACAGAGUUUCAUAUCAUAUUUUUGUAAGUUCCUUGAUGACAGUAUGAAUGCUUAUGCUUAAUCUUUUUACUUGUAAUCUUAUAGGAACAUUAACUGGGUUAAUUUAAGUGUAUUUUUUUCAAUAAACAUUAAAAUGGUAUCAAAACUAAUUUCAGAAGGAAAU